GGCGUGUGUGUUUGUCCCGUUACGCUGUAACUACGCAUCUACAACUUCAAUCUAUUCAUUGUCAUUUGUGAGAGUGAUCUAUUUCAAGAAACAAGCAAGAUGGGCCGCAAGCGUUCAAAAUCUCGAAAGGAAAAAAAACAACGUAAAAAAGAUCAAGUAAAGAAAACACAAGAGACAAGCAAACCCAAGCGUUUGAAAUCACAGAAGAAAAAAUGUCACCUUACAAAUGAGCAGAGAAUGCAAAUACAAGAGAGAAUUCAGAAAAUAAUUGAUACCAAUGCUGCAGUGGUUUCCUAUGAUAGAUAUAAAAAGAAAGAGGCUGCUAAAAACACAGAGACACAUAAAACAGUGAAUGCUGCCCCCAUGGCUGCAUACCCCAUCGCAAUUCAGAAGGCGAGCAACGAAGUAGACUUUGGAAGCUUUACAUCCCCAAAGGCAUCUUUGGAAACUGGGGCAGUUCAAAUGGAAAUGAAGGCUGUUGACAAAGUAGUAAAAAGUAGUGUCUGCACAACUAAUUUACGUACUACAGGAAAUGAGACAACAAGCAACGAUUGUGAUUUGAUUAAAAGUGUCCAUUAUGCUACCACCAAGAAUUUCGUACAAAUUCCAUGCAACAAUGUAUCUUCAGUAAAUACUGCUGACUGUGCUGCUGAUUGUGCUGCUGACUGUGCUGCUGUCUCGACUGAUAGUACCACUCCAGUAAUUCAACAAUCAAACAACAAUAGCAACCAGCAAAGGAACAUGCACCUAACUAAUGCUAGCCCACCAAAACCAACAGCCCAGCAUACUCUAAAUGUUGCAGUAUUGAACAUUUCUGCUCACUGUAUGCCACAACCUGUACAAUCAGAUCAACUUGUUCCCAUUCUUAUUGAUGGAAAGCUUUACUACUUAAGUUCUGGUUUUGGGAAAACUGUUAAUGAAAUCAAAAUUGCAAAGACUGUUUUUAAAGAAUCAACAGCCAAUAAGAAUCCAGAUCAGAAUAGGUUGAACAUUGUUCAAAAAGAAACAACUGCCAAUAAAGAUGCAGAUCAGAGUAGAUUCAAAACUAUUAAACAGAUUUGCAAAGAAAUCAGCAAUGGACAAAGUUUUGUUGGGAUAAAAAAAAACCUUUCUAAUGUUAAUGCUAGCACACUGGCUUCAGAGAAUAUUUCUUGUCAGAAAGACUAUAGCUCUUUUGAAAACAUCAACAUGAAUGCAGGAGUGUUUAGCUUCCAAGGUACAGAGAUCAAGAAAGAAACUCUUGAAGAUAAACAAACUUUGCAUCAGAAACCACAUGGUCAAGAAUUGCCAAGAUUUUUCGACAAAACAUCUAGCUGUACAACUACAGAAGUUACAGAGGAAGAAAUGUGCAAAGAAGUGGAGGAGGAAGAGAUUGAGACAGAGGAGGAAGAGAUUGAGACAGAAGAGGAGAGCACAGAUGAUGAAAUUGAAGAAGAAAUAGAUUAUGAAUGCCAUUGUGGAAAGAUUUUUUAUGAUUUAGCAAAAUAUACAAAGCAUGCUGCUAAAUGUAACAACAAGGAUAGUGAUUUUGAACUUUCAGACAGUAACUCUGAAGCUGAUGUUCCCGAGUACAGUUGCAAUAACUGUGAUGAAGCGUUUCCAAAUUCUGCGGACCUUAAAAAGCAUGAAUCUGAUUGUGCUUGCAUAUCAGAAGAUGAUGAAGAUAAAAUCUCUGUUGAAAAAUCGAAAAAUAGUUUGACAGAAAGGAAAAAGAAGUUUAGAUACACAAUUGGUUGGAUCAACAGCAAAGGAAAAAUUGUGUAUUCAGAGAAAUUUGUAUUAAAAAACGAAAAGAGUUGUGCUGAGUGCAACGAGUCCUUGUUUGGAGAAACCAUUUAUGAAUAUCAUAUGUUAAUGCAUGAAAAUGAUAAAGCUGGGAUAUCUUUUGUGUGCCAAAUAUGUCAAGAAAGUUUUAGUAUUGAAAUGAAACUACAAGUUCAUGAAAACAAAGCACAUGGGGCAAAGCAUAAGCCAUUUCAAUGUAAACAAUGUCAAAGAAAGUUUAAUUCAGUAUCUAGAGCUGAUAUUCACAUGGCAAUACAUGGCAGUGGACAAUAUCCUUAUCAAUGUAAUGACUGUUCCAAAGAAUUCACACGAAAAGAGAAAUUGGCCGCACACAUGGAAGUACACGCCAACGAAAUGUUGGGAAAGACCGUUCCUUGUAAAGAAUGUGAAGGAACUUUUUUGUCUCGGAGAAGACUCAAUGAACACAUUAGAAGAGUACAUAAAAAGUAUCCAUGCGAGACAUGUGGGAAAUUGUUCUCAAGUUACCGACUUAAGGUUCACCUCGAGACUCAUGCCAAGGUCAAGCGUUUUGAGUGUUCUGUGUGCAAAAAGAGGUUUGCACAGAGAAGCAAUCUGAAUUCACAUAUGCGAGUCCACACAGGGAAGAAGCCGUACGAAUGUGAUAUUUGUUCAAAGUCUUUUAAUCAUAAAGUCAGCUUGAAGACACAUAAAAGAAGUGGGCAUGGUAUUGACUGGUGGGCAGAUAAUGGUGUGAAAAAAACAAAGGAAAUUUUAAAAGGAAAGCCUCUUUGGAAACCACUUCACAAGUAAUUUUUUUAAGAACUCAACAGACUGGUUUCCAUAAAUUUGCUACACUGUCGCUAAAAUAAUUUCAUUACAGUUUUUACCAGUGGUAUAUGUACUGUAUGGUAAUACAGUACAUAUACCAGUGGUAUAUGUACUGUAUGGUAAUACCUUGAAUAGAAUCCCAAUGUACUUAACAUUCUUCAGAAAUGCUCUCCCCCGAGUCCCCCUCUUUAGUUUGCAAAAGUACUGUACUUGCAAAAGGACACGAGUUCAGUAAAUUAUGCAUAGGUACCUUGAUAUGUAUUUAUUUAGUUGGCCUACACAUUGCCUCUUUUGAUCAUCAUAUCAUCCUAUAGGCCUAGGCCUAAUUGAAAAAAAAUAAAAUAUUAAUCAUUCAGAAUUUUGAAUUUGGUUGCUUAGAUACAGUUUAUAGGAGCAAUUACAAGUAUUUACCUGAAAAAACAUCCCCUCUUUGGUUUGCAAAAGUAAUCUUGGAAAAGAAACCCAUCCAAGCCUAAGGGGUCCUAAAGAAGCCCAGGGCUUCCAUUCAAGGUUUUACUGUAUUCAUAAUGAUAAUACAUGUAAGCCAUUAACUCUAGCAUUUGAAGUUAAUGUAAUUUAAUGGUUUUAAACUAUAUUACUGUACUGUAUAUUGGAUAUACUGUAAUUGUUGUACCUUGAGCUUAUUCAGUGUUUGGCAUCUUGAUUUGCAGAUAACUUUUGUCCUUUACUUUUUAUUAAUAACUUUUCCCCCCUAUGCAAUUACUGCAGGCAUCCAGGGGUGGAUUGCUAUAAAAUGGUCCUCACUGGUAGUCUUAACUAUUUGAAUAAUGCCGGCUUUAACAUGUAAGCCUGUCUCACAUUAUCGCGACCUAAAAAUGUGACGUACCGACCUAUGGUCGUAUCUGACCAGAAGUAGGACCUGGCGACCAGUACCGACCACUAUAUUUUUUUCAACAUGUUGAAAAAUCGACGACUAUCUCUUCUACACAGGCAAGUUGCUCAUAGCAGCUGUAACACUGGUCGGUCAUGUACUGAUCGCAGUGCAUAUAGGUUGUGAAAGUGUGAGAGUUGCUUUAAACAAUCUUACUAAAGUCACUCUGCUAAGACCACAGUUGGCAAAGUGCAACCCGACAAUUUUUUUGCGGCCCGCGAAAAUGAAUUAAAAGCCCUAUAUGUGUGGCCUGCCAAGCAACAUUGACUAGAAAAAAACCACGUUUUUUACAGCCCGACACCAAUCAUAUGUAAAAAGUAACAUAAGAACUGAGAAUAAAGUGGUGUAAAAGCAGUGCUUGGAGGUUUUUGGAAGCUCAUUAGAAACAUCAAAGUUUGGGUGUGGCCCUCGGUGUUAAAUCAAACAUUCACUUUGGCCCAGCCAACUGAAUUUUGUGCCCACCUUUGGCCAAGACCAUUGCUAUAAAACGGUCUUCGCUUAGACUGCUUUAAUGCAAAUAAGCACUCCCUGAUAACAUAAAAUUGAGGGUGCUGUUAAGCCUGCUCAAAACAUGAAUAUUUAUUAAAAUGAAUGUAAAUAAGCCUAGACCGGUUUUUACAGACGCUGAGAAGCUUGAGAUAUAUUUGUCGGUCGAUUCUUAUUCUUUGACGAUCUUAAGCCUCUUCCAAGUAGGUUUCAAAAUUUAAGACUGCUAACUGGUUAGACUGCGGUAUAGCAAUGGUCUAUAAUCAUGGACGAGUAGUGACGUCAAGAUUAAAGCUGGCUAACUGUUAAGACCGUCUAAAGACUGCUUAUAAUAGAAUCUGCUCCAAGGGAGCUGAAGCCCAAUGGGGGUGGAGUGCGAUUUCUCUGACAAGAACGUGUGGUCAUGGUUGGGCAUUGCUCAAAAUGUCCCGAAAGUGGUUUUAGUGGGGGACAAAGUGAAAACUUAUGGGUUAAUUGAUUCUACUAAAUACUGUAUGUCAAAAAUACAUAUAAUUUUUUUUUCUUCCUGACCUGGAGAAGUGCUCUUUGGGGGGUGCCACCCCUGCACUGAUAAUGUGGUUACACUGCACCAACUAAAUUGCAUGUGACCACUACUAGUUCUCAUCGGUGAUUGUUUGUAACUUAGAAACCUACUGCAUAAAUAUAUCCAAUUGCGAACAGUGCUACACUUUUCUGAAAGCAAAGGUGGUCAGAUAUCCAGAGGGAACAUGUGUUUAUAGUCUUCUGUUGAGGAUGAUUGGAGUUGAUAAUAUUCUUCAUUUUGUGGAUGUUAGAUUUUCGUUGAUAUUAAGAUGUUCCAAGAGAAUGCUGUGGUUUUUUUUUGAGAAAAUAAAGAAUAUUGGUGCCUUCCAGUAAAAAUGGUAAUACAGUAUGUUGCAUAUUAUUGUAUUGUAUAAAAAAAUCAUUCAAUAAAAAAAUAAUCACAAAUUCAGAUUUCAUUUAUUAUUAUAAGGCAAGCGGCCAUAUCUAAAAAAAAAUUCAGAAUUUUGAAUUCGGUUGUCUAGAUACAGUUUUAUAGAAGCAAUUCCAAGUAUUUACCCGAAAAAAACCCCCUCUUUGGUUUGCAAAGUAGUCUUGGAAAAGAAACCCAUCCAAGUCUAAGGGGGUCCUAAAGAAGAAGCCCAGGUCUUCCAUUCUAGGU